CACAGAAAAACAGCUGGAAAACUCUUUAUUCGACUUCAUCAAUUCAGACUGUGAAAUUUUGGGCCUUAACUUCCCAGUUACCAGUAACUCACAGCAUCAAUAGUUUUCAUUCCUCUGUUUUGAGAUCCAUGGCAGAAAAUAGAUAUAUCACUGGAUAUGCCAAACUUGGAACAUCAAGUUGCAAGAAAUGUAAGCAGAAGAUCGACAAAGGAAGUCUCCGCAUUGGAAAGGUGGUAUCCAAUCCAUUCUCUGAUGAGGGUGGUGACAUGAAGCAGUGGUACCACCCACAAUGCAUUUUUGAGACCCUAAAGAGAGCUCGGGCUACCACAAAAAAGAUAGAAGAACCAGAUGAUCUGGAAGGGUUCACAGAAAUUGAGCAAUCUGAUAAAGACCUCAUCAACAAAUUGAUUAAAGAAUUUGCUGCCAACUCCAACAGCAAGUCUCCAGGGUCAGCAAAGAAAAAACCAGUUGCUACUGUACAAUCAACUCUCCCUUUCUCCCCCACAAAAACGAAAGUAAAAGUAGACCCAGAUGAUGAAGCUGGUCCCUCUACUAGUGGUGCACCCUUUAGUGACAGGGAUUCACCAGGUCAUAGAGAUGAUUCAUUCCGAGAAUUCCGACGGCUCUGUGCAGACAUUUCCGACGAGAACUCCUACCUCGCCAAAACUAAACUAGUUCAGGAUUUUAUCAACAAGGGUUCCUCUGGAGAUGGAUAUAAAGGUGAUCUUUACCUGCUGAUGAAGUGUCUGUUACCUGGGGUAGUAAAACAGGUGUACAACCUUAAUAGUAAACAACUGGUCAAGUUAUUUAGUCAGAUAUUUGGUACAGAUCAGGAUGAUAUGAUCGCAGAUCUGGAUCAGGGUGAUGUUGCAGAAACAGUGAGAUUGUACUUUGAACAGAGUAAACGAUUAUCUCCUCAGAAGAAAAGCACUCUAACCCUGCCACAGGUCGAUGACUACCUCACUGAAUUAACCAAGGUGACCAAAGAAGAGGACCAGCAAAGGAUUCUUACCAAAGUGGCAAAGAGGUGUACUGGCAAUGAUUUGAAGAUGUUUGUGAGGCUGAUUAAACAUGAUCUUAGGAUUAACUCCGGAGCUAAACACAUGUUGGAUGCGUUAGAUGACAAUGCAUACGCUGCGUUCCAGGCAUCUCGGGAUCUGAGGGACGUGGUAGAUAGGGUGAUGGAAAAUAAGGGAGGGGCCCCAGGAUUAAAGAAAACACUCAGUGUCAAAGCCUCCCUUAUGACACCUGUCCUUCCUAUGCUGGCAGAAGCUUGUCGUUCUGUUGACCAGGCCAUGAAGAAGUGCCCUAAUGGUUUCUAUGCGGAGAUAAAGUAUGACGGAGAAAGGGUCCAGCUCCAUAAGAGAGGGAACCAGUUUCAGUAUUUCAGUAGAAGCCUGAAGCCAGUUCUGCCACACAAGGUCCAACAUUUCAAGGAGUACAUUCCAAAGGCUUUUCCAACAGGAGAUGACCUUAUUCUGGAUGCUGAAGUUUUAUUGGUGGACAAUGAAACCAGUAAACCACUCCCAUUCGGAACUCUUGGAGUUCACAAGAAAGCUGCUUUUAAGGAUGCUACGGUGUGUCUGUUUGUUUUUGACUGUCUUCAUUUAAAUGGGGAGAACAUUAUGCAUAAACCAAUAAAGGAGAGGAAGAAGAUUUUGGAAUCAGAGAUGAAUGAAAUCCCGAACAGAAUCAUGUUUUCUGAGGCAAAACUUAUAAAUGACCCUGAUGCUCUACAAGAGCUCAUGACAAAGGUUUUCAGUGAAGGGUUGGAAGGCCUUGUAUUGAAAGAUACCAAGAGUAUUUAUAAACCUGGAAAGCGUCACUGGCUGAAGAUUAAGAAGGAUUAUCUGGAGCAGGGGACAAUGGCCGACUCUGCUGAUCUGCUGGUGUUAGGAGCGUACUAUGGCACAGGAAAGAAAGGUGGAUUAAUGUCCACAUUUCUGUUUGGAGUUCAUGACCCCAGCAGUGGUAAAUGGUGCACCGUAACCAAAUGUCACAUCGGUCUGGAUGACAAAACCUUAGAGGAAUUACAGACUUCCCUGGACAUGGUGAAAAUCAGCAAAAAUCCUGACAAAGUCCCAGACUGGUUGAACAUUAAGAAGCAGCUGGUACCAGACUUUGUGGCCAGAGACCCCAAGAAGUCACCGGUGUGGGAGAUAUCUGGGGCUGAGUUCAGUAAGGCUGAUAUCCAUACAGCAGAUGGAAUCUCCAUCAGGUUUCCCAGAAUUACCAAGUUCAGGGAUGACAAAACGUGGGAGAAUGCAACAGAUUUACCACGACUUAAAAAACUGUACAAAAUAUCAAAGGAAACAACUGACCUCAUUCCCAGUCCCAGUAAAGGUACACCAAAGAAGAAAUCAUCAAAUGAAGACGAGGAAGAUGAUAAUAACAAUGAAGGAGAUGACAGUGGUACAGAUGUUAAUAGUGAUGAUGAAAUGGACGUGUCACCUGUCAAAAAGACACCUGUCAAGGGAAACUCCACACCCUCAAAAACCACACCCCUAAAGGUCACUCCCAUCAAAAACGGGAUCAAGAGAUCAUACAGUGAUAAAGAAGAUAGCGAGACUACACCUUCAAAAAAGUCCAAACCAAUGUGUAAAUAUGGGGCUGAGUGUUACCAAACGAACCCCAAACAUCUGGAGCAGUUUUGCCACCCUCCCAAGAUUCUACCAAAUGUGUUCAGAGGGUGCAAGAUUUUCCUGCCUAAAGACAUAGACCAGUACAAGACUCUACGGAGAUAUAUAAUUGGCUGGGAUGGAGAAUUAGUUCAGGAGUAUGAUAAGGCAUCCGCUACUCAUGUUGUCAUACCAGACAGCCACAAGGGAGAAGUCAUUAAGUGUGCUGGUGUGUGUGUGACCUUGAAUUGGCUCAAGAUGUGUAUAAAGAAGAACAUGUUAGUGAGGACUGAUCCCUAUAUUGUGGGUGAUGAUGAUGAAUAAUAAGGACUGCUCCCUAUAUUGUGAGUGAUGAUGAACAAGGAGGACUGAUCCCUCAGUGAUGAGUAAUAAUAACUGAUCCCUCUUGGUGAGAAAAUAGGAUUAGAACAGAUCCUUGUUUGUGAAUAAAGGGACAGAAAUCUGUAUUGUAGUGAAUGACAAUGAUAGCAGUAUUAAAAGUAGUGUUACUGUAAUAGAUAACUUUAAAGUAUAAUAAUUAAAUUUUGUAGCUACUCAAGUUGUACAAAUAAACUGUUCCAACUCAGGUUAUACAAGUUUAACUUAAGCAAAUACUGUAUCAAAUUUAUUCCUCAUAAUUUCUGCAAUUAAUUGAUUAAAAAAAAAGACAUUUAUCCUAAACAAAUGGCAUUGAAAUUUAAAACAAACUUUAAAUAUAAUGAUGCUUAUUGAUACUUUUUGUUCAAGUCAUAUACAACAAAGGUAUAAACUAUUUUCACAUCCAUUGAAAUAGUGCGAUGCAACCAGAAUUUAAUUAUUCAUAAUUGAAAAUGAAUUAAUUUUACAUGUAUUUGGAACACAUAGUAUUUAUAUAAGUAAUUUUUUAGAAUUUAGUUUCAUUGUUGUACAUUAUAUUAGUGUGUUUGUAUUUUUAAUGACAGGCAGCUAUUUGUGCGUGUUGUGUAGCUGUAUGAUGUUUUGUUCUUUACUGUAAGUAAAUCGUUGUUUCUAUGAACAA